AUGUUGGCUUCUAGAUUAGCUCGGACUUCUGUCCGCUCGGCCUCCACCUUUGGCGCCCGCUUCAACUCGAACGGCAAGGUCCAGGGUACCGUCAUCGGUAUCGAUUUGGGAACUACCAACUCGGCCGUUGCCCUGAUGGAGGGUAAAAUCGCUAAGGUUUUGGAGAACAGCGAGGGUGCCCGAACGACCCCCUCCGUCGUUGCCUUCACCGCCGACGGUGAGCGACUCGUCGGUGUCCCCGCCAAGCGCCAGGCCGUCGUCAACCCCGAAAACACUCUCUUCGCCACCAAGCGUCUCAUCGGUCGCCGAUUCGAGGACAACGAGGUCCAGAAGGAUAUCAAGCAGGUCCCCUACAAGAUCGUCAAGCACACCAACGGUGACGCUUGGGUCGAGGCUCGUGGCGAGAGAUACUCUCCUUCCCAGAUCGGAGGUUUCGUCCUCAACAAGAUGAAGGAGACUGCCGAGAGCUACCUCGGCAAGCCCGUCAAGAACGCCGUCGUUACCGUUCCUGCCUACUUCAACGAUGCUCAGCGUCAGGCUACUAAGGACGCUGGUCAGAUUGGUGGCUUGAACGUCCUCCGUGUCGUUAACGAGCCUACCGCUGCCGCCCUUGCCUACGGUCUCGAGAAGGAGAGCGAUCGUGUUGUCGCCGUCUUCGAUCUCGGUGGUGGUACCUUCGAUAUCUCCAUCCUUGAGAUCCAGGGCGGUGUCUUCGAGGUCAAGUCGACCAACGGUGACACCCACCUCGGAGGAGAGGAUUUCGACAUCACCCUCGUCCGCCAGAUCGUUGAGCAGUUCAAGAAGGACUCUGGAAUCGAUCUCCAGGACGACAGAAUGGCUAUCCAGCGUAUCCGUGAGGCUGCCGAGAAGGCCAAGAUCGAGCUCUCGUCGACUGUCUCGACCGAUAUCAACCUUCCUUUCAUCACUGCCGAUGCUUCCGGCCCCAAGCACAUCAACACCAAGCUCACCCGUGCGCAGCUCGAGACCACUGUUGAGCCUUUGAUCAAGCGCACUGUCGAGCCCGUCAAGAAGGCCCUUAAGGACGCCGGUCUGACUGCUUCGCAGAUCGACGAGGUCAUCCUUGUCGGUGGUAUGACCCGUAUGCCCAAGGUCAGCGAGACCGUCAAGAGCAUCUUCAACAAGGACCCCGUCAAGUCGGUCAACCCCGACGAGGCCGUCGCCAUGGGUGCUGCCAUCCAGGGUGGUGUCCUUUCCGGAGAGGUCAUGGACGUUCUCCUUCUCGACGUCACCCCGCUCUCGCUCGGAAUCGAGACCCUCGGCGGUGUGUUCACCCGUCUGAUCAACCGCAACACCACCAUCCCCACCAAGAAGUCGCAGGUGUUUUCGACCGCUGCCUCUGGCCAGACCUCGGUCGAGAUCCGUGUGUUCCAGGGAGAGCGUGAGCUCGUGCGCGACAACAAGUUGAUUGGCAACUUCACUUUGUCGGGUAUUCCCCCCGCGCCCAAGGGUGUUCCCCAGAUCGAGGUCUCGUUCGACAUCGACGCCGACGGAAUCAUCAACGUGCACGCGCGCGACAAGGCCACCAGCAAGGAUGCCUCGAUCACCGUCGCCGGCUCGUCCGGUCUGUCUGACUCCGAGAUCGAGAAGAUGGUGAACGACGCCGAGCAGUUCCGCGAGCAGGACAAGGAGCGCCGCGAGGCGAUCGAGGCCGCCAACCGCGCCGACAGCAUCUGCAACGACACCGAGUCUGCGCUGCAGGACUUUGCCGACCAGAUCGACAAGGCCGAGGCCGAGAAGCUGCGUGGUCUGAUCAGCGAGCUCCGCGAGCUUGUUGGCAAGGCCCAGGCCGGCGAGGAGAUCGCGUCCGAGACCUUGAAGAACAAGGGCGACGAGGUUCAGCAGAACUCGCUCAAGCUCUUCGAGAUGGUUUACAAGAAGAAGGCCGAGCAGGAGGCUAACAGCGGCAGCUCGACUUCGUCGACCGACGGCCCUGCCGAGGGCGAGAAGAAGGAGUAA